AUGGGUCUUAGAAAAGAGAAGCUGAGCCACCUCCGUCUAUAUUGGCAGGACAUUCAAAGUGGGAAAAACCCAACCUCAGUCCAAAUCGUUCCCCCUGCUUCGAACACGUCAAGUACUAAAUUUGGUUUGAUUCAAAUGAUCAACGACGCAUUAACAGCAACUUCAGAUCCCAAGUCUAAAGUAUGGGCAAGAGCACAGGGAUUUUUCGCAUUAGCUUCGCAAGAGAAACCUGCUGCUAUAUUAAUGGCGAUGAAUUUCGCUUUUGUGAGUGGGAAAUACAACGGAAGCUCCCUCACCAUAUUUGGAAGAAACCCAUAUAUGGAGAAAGUGAGAGAGAUGGCUGUGAUCGGUGGAAGUGGGGUGUUCAGAUUUGCGAGAGGGUACGCAAAAGUCACAACCAGGAAGAUUAAUUCCAAAACAGGAGAUGCUGUUGCUGAAUAUAACAUUUACGUAUUUCACUAUUGA